AUGGAUUAUUUAUACAAGAAAUGUCCAAAUCCAAUGAACAAAAGAAUGACAGAUGAAGACAGACACAUAGAAAGAGUUACUUUCAGCUGCUUCAUCAAACAACUCGGAAUGAUUGACAACGUUUUGGAGUUGAUUGAUGCAUUGAAAUCCAAUAAAAAACCAAAUAUUUCACUGUAUUUCAAACAGAUGAUGGAAAUGAUCUACAAAACAAGGAGAACUUUGAAGCAGCAAAAACAAAAUUCAAACACCUUGAAGAUACAAAAUGGUUUUCUUUCAGAUAAAAUUGAUGAAAACUUCGAUAUUUACUUGGAGAGCUACAUGAAGAAAUGCAUAUUCUUGUUGAAUAUCGAACCAUCACUGAAAUUCAAUGUUGAAGAAAAUCAAGAUUUGUUCUCAGAAAAUUUGAAGAAAGUGACAAAUUUGAUUUGUUCUAUGUCUACUUUGGAAGAUUUGUAUUCAAUGAUGAUGAAGGCAAAUGAGGCAAAGGGAUACAUCUCUACAUCAAUAGCUUUGCUGUCUGAUCUCAUCAUAUCAAACAAAUUCAAAGAAACAACGAUUAGUUCUUUUGACAUUUUCAAGAAAAGUGACUUUUUCAUUCAAUUUUUCGAAACUCUUCCAGAAACAGGCGAAUUUAAGUCUCCUGUCAUCGAAGCAAUUCUUGAGAGAUCAAUACAGUACAUGUUUGAGCUCCAAAAUGAGCCUGCAGCUGUUUUGACAAUCGCAACAUUCAUUUUCAACAUUUUACAAGCGAUUGCCAGGAAAGACAAAGAUUUUGUUUUGAACAAACUUUCUCAAAUAAUUCAAAAAGUGACAAAAAUGGAGAACAAUCCCAUUUACACACGUGUUUUGUCACUCUGCACUUUAUACAUUUUUGUUAUGAUCAAAGAAAAUCCGAAACUUCAAAGUUUGGAUGUAGUUGGUCACAUCACUUCUCACAUUUUCCCUGAGAACAACAUCUAA